ACAACUUACCUACCGCCUGGGAAACGAGGCUGAUAAAACUAAACGACACUUGCUGGAUUAUGCCUCUCUCCGUUGUUAGUUGAGAAAUGAAUAUGAUGUGCAGCAGCAGAAUCCACCUCUCUCUAUUUCUAUUCACGACCUCCUUUUUCUCAAUUCACACAACAGAUACUAUCGAUACUUCCCACACAUUAAGCGAUAACCGUGAUGACACUCUCAUCUCAUCCAACGGAGACUUUGCGUUGGGGUUUUUCAGCCUAGGGAGCUCCAAGAAUCGCUACGUCGGCAUAUGGUACAACAACAUUAAAGACAAGACUGUGGUGUGGAUCGCCAACAGAGACAAUCCACUCACGGAUCGAUCAGGUACGCUUAGAGUCGUUCAACCGGGGGGCCCUCUGCUUCUUCUCAACGCUACCAAUGCUACUAUUUGGUCUGCUAAUGUAUCAAGCAGCAGCUUGCGCACUCCUCUCGCACGUUUACUCGACACCGGAAACCUCAUUGUCACAGAUGCUAACGAUGACAACAAUUUCAUCUGGCAGAGCUUCGACUACCCAACCGACACUCUAUUGGCAGGGAUGAAGCUUGGUAAGAACUUGGUGACUGGCCAUGAAGUCUACAUCUCGUCGGCAAAGAGCAACGAUGAUCCGGCAACAGGAGGUUUCACGUAUCGCUGUGACCCUACUGGUUAUCCACAGAUGGUGAUCAAAGAAGGCGCCUCCAUCCGGUAUAAAACAGGGCCGUGGAAUGGUUUUGUACAGAGAUGGAUGUGGUUUAAUCAAACCCAGAACUGGAUGCUUUAUCUUUCUGUUCAACUACGUAACUGUGAUACGUAUAACAUAUGUGGUGCAUAUGGUGUUUGUGGUAAUACAACCAAUUGCUCAUGUUUGAAUGAAUUCGAGCCGACUGAUCCUGGAGGUGAUUUUUCCAAUGGAUGCAUUCGAAGAACCCCCUUCAACUGCCAAGAUGGCAAUGUUUUUCUCAAGUACUCCGGAAUCAAAUUACCAGACACGGAGCGUUCCUGGUAUAACGCGACUAUGAGUCUUGAAGAAUGCAAGGUGGCAUGCUCCACAAAUUGCUCUUGUACAGCCUAUGCAAGUCCCAAUAUAAACAACGGCGAGAGGGAAUGUCUACUCUGGUUCGGUGACCUUGUGGAUUUGAGAGAGAUGUCUCCUGGACAAGAUAUCUAUAUUAGGAUGGCUAAAUCUGGAUUAGACUCGGGAAGUAGGAAACGAGAAAUACUUAUUGUUACAUUGUCACUGGUGAUCGGGAUUCUGAUACUAGGCCUAAGCCUGUUGCUGUUUUACCAGAAACGAAAGCAGCAAGAAAAAGACAGGCUGAGGCAUUCUUUUGAAAAUCAUGAGGAGCUAGAGCUACCAAUGUUUGAACUAUCCACAAUAAUUAAAGCUACUGAUGGAUUUUCAAUCCACAAUAAGCUUGGAGAGGGUGGAUUUGGACCGGUUUUUAAGGGACUGCUAGGGGGCCAGGAAAUUGCUGUGAAACGACUAUCAACAACUUCACAGCAAGGAGUGGAUGAAUUCAAGAAUGAAGUAAUCUGUAUUGGAAAACUUCAGCAUCGAAAUCUAGUGAAACUCCUUGGAUAUUGCAUUCAAGGAGUAGAAAUCAUGCUGGUUUAUGAAUACAUGACAAACAAAAGUCUCAAUUUCAUACUUUUCGAUCAAGUGAAGGGAACGAUACUAGACUGGCCGAGGCGCUUCAACAUUAUUAAUGGUAUUGCUCGGGGUCUUAUGUACCUCCACCAAGACUCCCGUCUCAGAAUUAUCCACAGAGACCUCAAAGCCAGCAAUAUAUUACUAGAUUCAGACAUGAUUCCCAAAAUAUCCGACUUCGGUCUUGCAAGAACAUGUGGAAGCAAUGAAACUGGAGCCAAAACAAGUCGAGUAGUUGGAACAUACGGCUACAUGUCCCCGGAGUACGCUAUAGACGGCAUAUUCUCAGUGAAAUCAGAUGUCUUCAGCUUUGGUGUUCUGGUGCUUGAAAUCAUAAGUGGCAAGAGAAACAGAGGCUUUUCUAUAGUAGAUCACUCCCACAACCUUCUUGGGCAUACAUGGAUGCUUUACAAAGAAGAAAGGUCACUGGAAUUAGUGGAUUCUUGUGUGGAAUAUUCAAGCUACUUAUCACAAGUAGCAAGAUCAAUCCAUGUGGGUCUUUUGUGUGUGCAAGAACAGACAGAAGAGUGGCCAAACAUGUCUUCAGUGGUACUGAUGCUCAACAAUGAUGGAGUUCUGCCUGAAGCCAAACAUCCUGGUUUCUUCACAGCAAGAGAUAUAAUACGAACUGAAACUUCGAAUAACUCGAAUACUGCAAGUUCCAAUAAUACAAUGACCAUUUCGCUGCUAGAGGCUCGUUAAACAAAUACAAAAGUAAAUAUAACAGAUUAGUAUACUUACAGAUUGUGUAUACUUCCUUAUAAAUGAGUAAUUCUGCUGACAAUUUUUAGUGGACACCCUGUUGUAGAAGUUGUGAGUUGAAAGAGAAACAGAGGAUUUUCUUGCAAGAAAGGGUUAAUAUGUUCUUGCUCUGACGUUGUUCCAAGAAGUUAAUUAUGAAAAUAUAUUUGAGGUGAAUUGCAGUAGGC